GGUGAGUAGAAGACAAGAAGCGACCUGCAAUGUAUGGUGGCAAUCUUAAAUUUGCGGAGAGUACCACAAGACAAUGCCAUAUGGAACUCAAGGAGCACCCAAUAAUUGGCCAACCCUAACCCAUAAGCAGAAAUUCAAUAAAGUGUAAAGAGCAACCCAUUGUUUUGAGUUACCCAAGCAGUGCUACACCAACAAAAGCAAAACAAUUCAAACCCAAACACCUAUACUUUGUCAACUUUAACCCAAACCCCCACCUCCUUUUGCAAUUCUCAACAAAGCACAUUGGUCCCAUUACCACUCAAUCAAUGAAAAGCUUCCUUCAUCUUUACUUCAAUCCCACCACAUCCUAGCUUAUUUAUGAUCUAAUAUUCAACCCCUUCUAUCUUUCAUGAUUCAUGUACUACUUCCUCAUUAAUUUGUUUCAGAGGCUUUUCUUCAACCCCAGAAAAUCCCUUCCCUUACACCUCCACCCUCUCACCACCCUCUAUCCCAGAAGCAAGCCAUGCCCAAUUCUCUAAACCAAACUGUGAUACCGAAACAAGCCAUGUCCACUUCUCUCAACCAAUUUGAGAUAGCAAAGAAAGCCAUGAAGCAAGAGACUUCAACACCAGGACAGCCAUAUGUCAGAAUGAGGCCUCGUCGGACAAACCCGGUCGUGUGGUUUGGUGCAGUCCUUUGUUUCAUAUUUAGCCUUCUCCUUAUCUUCUUUGGAAUUGCAACUUUAAUAGUCUAUCUGAUCAUCAAACCCAAAAACCCAGUGUUUGAUGUCCCAGCUGCAAGACUCAAUCUCAUCUACUUCGACUCGCCGGAGAAUUUCAAUGGCGAUUUCGCUUUCCUCGCAAACUUCUCCAACCCUAAUCCGAAAAUAGAUGUAAGAUUCGAGUCCGGGGAAGUAGAGCUCUACUUUUCCAACAGUCUCAUAUCAACACAAGCUUUUCAGCCUUUCACGGAGAGGCGGCGCGAAGCGAGACUAGUUGCAGUGCAUAUGAUCUCAAGCUUGGUUUACUUACCCACAAAUGUAGGGCUAGAACUUCAAAAGCAGGUGCAGAGCAACAGGGUUGCAUAUGAUAUAAGAGGAACUUUCAGAGUAAGAGCGAAUCUGGGUUUGAUUCAUUUUUCAUACUGGUUGCAUGCAAGAUGCCAGUUAGAGAUGUCUAGUCCACCAACAGGAGUUCUACUCGCCAAAAGUUGCAGAACCAAGAGAUGAAAAUGCAGAACAUGUAUCGUGUUUCCUCUAUGUCCCCAUUUUCUUUCUUUUAUAAUGUUUUGUAUUUAGGCCAAAACAUCAUGUGUCUGAUACCUAAAAUCAUGGACACAACAAUUCUUUUUUGAACAAGGAAUGUUUCUUUCAAAUUUUGGAAGCACUAAAUGGACCAAAGAACUUCAUGUACAUGAUAUAUUCAUAU